CCUCACAACUCACCCCCAGCGCCUUUUUCAUCUCUAUCCUUACACACAAACACACUCUGUCUCUCUCUAAGUUUGUCACCUCCUUUCUCUCUCUAUCUUUCCUUCAGAUAUUUUAAAACUGAGUGUAUGGACCCAACGUUGGAUCCACCACCGCCAGCCGUCCAACCAACGGCGGCUGUUUCGGCCACCGCGGCGGCCGCGGCCAACCCGACCCCUGCUCAACCUCCCGCCCAUAUCCACCCACCGUAUGCUGAGAUGAUAACGGCGGCGAUAUCGGCGUUGAAGGAGCGGAACGGGUCGAGCAAGAGGGCUAUAGCUAAGUACAUAGAGACUCACUACCCGAACCUGCCACCGACACACUCGGCGCUGUUGACUCACCACCUCAAGCGGUUGAAAAUCAACGGUCAGGUUCUCAUGGUCAAGCACUCUUACAAGCUUCCUAGAUCUGCUCCUGUUGCCGUCAACGGUGCUGUUAACGCCGUUUCGGCAGAUCCCUCUUCUGUUGGGCCCAAGAGACGGCCUGGCCGGCCUCCCAAGCCCAAGCCCGAAGCAGGCCAAGCUGCCGUGCCCGUUUUUGCUCCAACCGUGGACAUAAAUUCUGUUCCGGCUGCCCAGCCGCAGCAGAACGUGGCUGUUGGCCCGGGGACUGUAUACGUUGAUGUUGGGCCGGUAAAUGGGCCUGCUGCGGGUGGGCCCGUAAGAGGCCGUGGGCGUCCACCGAAGCAGGGUGUGUUUAAGCGGGGACCUGGUCGUCCACCAAAGAACGGUGUGGCUACUGCUGAUGGUGGCGUUGGUGUGGGGAGAGCUAGAGGGAGGCCCAAGAAGAAUGCUGCUCCUGGAGCUGCCAUACAAAAGGGCCAAGGGAGGCCACGGGGGAGGCCGCCUAGGCCAAUUAAUGUGGUCGAAGGGUUGGCUCCAGGGGCGCCUGCUGGUGGUGGGACAGCGGUGGCACCUGUUGCUGAUGUUAAUGCGCCUGUAGCUAGUGGUGGAGUUGCCCCAGUGGCUGGAAAGCGUCGGGGGAGGCCGCCCAAGGCCGAUGGUGGGGCUAAGAAGCCGAGGAAUCUGAUUAGUGUGCCGCCCAAGAAGCCAAGAAAGCUUUCUGGUAAGCCCUUGGGGCGGCCUAAAAAGAAUGCAUCAGCACCGGUGGGUCGAACACCAGAUUCCCAGCUGCUAGUGGCCUAUCUGGAUCUCAAAGCAAAACUUGAAAAUUUACAAUCAAGAGUCAAGCAAACAGCAGCCUUGGUAAAGCCAUCCUUGAAUAAUGAAGCUGCAGUUAAUGCAUUACAAGAGCUGGAACUGGCAGCAAUGAACGUGAGUGCAGUACCAAACGCUCAAAGCCAGCAGGCUCAGGCCGAACAGCCUCAGCCACAACAUCCUCAGCCCCACAUCUAAGAGUUGCUAACUGGCAGAGAGGAGUAAACUGUAGAGCUGACUAUUUGGAGGAAGAAGUGGGGUUUCUGUAGACAGUGUUAAGAUUUAGGAUGAGUUUGCGAUGGGGAACAGAUUGCGAUUUAUGGGUGAAGACAAGCUUGUACCCUGGUUCUCAAGGCGGCUUCACCGGACAUAAAUCUCUGUUUUCUUUGUAUUUAUUUAGGUUUAUAUUUGGGUGAGAUUUAGAGAACAAUCCGACUGUGACUGCUAUUUCUGUAUGUAGCUGCAAAAUGAUCGAGCUAGAAUUAUCAUACUCGUGUAACUCUCAGUCACCAUGACGCAUCCCAGCAUUUAACUUGAGAUUCUUGUCAGCAUUGGCAGUGUAGUGUUCAUUGAUUUUAUGGAUUCUUUUUCUGGGCAUAUUUCCUAAGUUUUUGUUCGUGCAAGUUGUUUUGAGUAAAUUCUGCCAUCAGGUUCGAUGAGGGCCGACUGCAUGCUAGAGUCGACUGGGAGUUUUUCUGUUCUUGGUGCAGGAGAUGUUGUGGUCUCUAAGGUCAGUCAUACAAUGUUGAAACCGUAUUCCUUUCAUGUGUAAAAUUGAAGGAUGAUCAGACAUAGCCUCUUCUGGUCAGUUAUUUUCUGUUUGGGAUGAAAUAGAACAUACUAUAUUUUUUUAUUUCAUUUAACAUAUACAACUUGAUUU